AUGAUCACGAUGAUUUCGACAAUGAUUAUGACCAUGAUGGUGAUUAUGAUGAUGAUUGUUACGGUUACGAUUAUCAUUAUGGUCAUGAUGAUUAUGAUCAUGAUGAUUAUGACUGCGGUGACUACGAUCAUGAUGAUUAUGGAAAUGAUGGUAAUGAUUGUGAUUGCGAUCAUGAUGAUUACGAUUAUGAUGAUUGAAUAUGAUUAUGAUCAUCAUUAUGACUAUAAAAAUGUGAUCAUGGUUGUGGUCACGAUGAUUACGAUUAUGAUGAUUACAACCAUGAUCACUAUGAUGAUCAUGACUAUGACGAUGACGAUUACAACGACUGUGAUUAUGACGAUCAUGAUGAUUAUGAUUGUGAUAACGGUUAUGACGAUUAUGACUGUGACUAUGACUACGACCAUUAUUGCGAUGAUGAUGAUCAUGAUGAUUACGACUACGAUUAUGAUUAUGAUCAUAAUGAUCAUGACCACGAUGAUUAUGAUUAUGAUGAUUAUGACCAUGAUUGCGAUUAUGAUGAUCAUGAUCAUGAUCACGGAAAUUAUGAUUACGAUUGCGAACACGGUGACUAUGGUUGUAAUUAUGAUUAUUAUCAUGAUGACUACGACCACAAUAAUGACCAUGAUGUUCACGAUCAUGAUUGCGACUAUGAAGAUUGUGAUUGUGACGAUUAUGAUUAUGAUGACUACCAUUAUGAUUACGAUUAUGAUUAUGAUCAUGAUGACUACGAUUGUGAUUGCAAUGACUAUGAUCAUGAUGAUCGCGAUGAUCAUAACUUCGAUCAUGAUGAUUACCGCGAAUAUGACUAUGAUGAUUAUAAUGAUUAUAAUUACGAUUACAAUUGCGAUUACGAUGAUUAUGGUUAUGAGAAUAACGGUUGUGACAAUGAUUACGACGAUUAUGACUACGAUUAUGAUGAUUAUGGUCAUGAUCAUUAUGGUGAUUGUGAUGAUCAUGAUUACGAUUCUGAUUAUGAUCACGAUCAUUGCGACAAUGAUUCCGUUUACGAUGAUUAUGAUUGUAAUGAUAAUGGUUAUGAAAAUUAUGAUUAUGGUAAUGAUUACAACGAUUACGAUUAUGAAUACGACGAUCGUGAUCAUGAUCAUGACGAUUGAUUAUGAAAAACAUGAUUAUGAUCGCGAUUACGAUCAUUGUGAUUACGAUUAUUGUCUUUAUGACGAUUAUGGUCAUGAUCAUGAUUAUCACGACAAUGAUGAUCACAAUUACGAUUGUGAUUAUGAAUACGAUAAUUGUGAUGAUCAUGACUACGACUAUGAUGACUACGACUAUGAUGAUUAUGAUUAUGACGAUUACCAUUAUGAUUAUGAUCAUUAUGAUGAUGAUGGAUGA